AUGGGAUCCGAAUACGGUGCCACGGCUGAGUCUAAGCCUCAGAUUGAUCUCGGCCCCGUCACCAUCUGGUGGGCUGUUUGGGCAUGUGUAUGGACAUCCGCCCUCGUGGUCGGUAUGGCCUAUCUGAUCGCCAAUCGUGAUAUGCCGACGCUUCGCAUUCGAGGUCUCGCUCUAUCCUUAACCUCUAUCGUUAUUCUUCAUUUAUACUGGCUGCCAACCCAGUUCGCCACUAUGAUCGGCGCUAUUAUGCCAGGUGACGGCGCCUAUUGGCUCAUGGGGACUCUGUUGCCCUGUGGCAUGGCGCUCUUCCACGGCUCUAAUACCAGAUUUCAACAUGUCGCAAAGCUCCAGAGAAAAUAUGCUCUGGAUGGACACCGUUCUACUGAAUCGCCUGCCUUGGAACACAAGGAUGGGUUGAUCAACCGCUUCCGUGCUCUCGGAUAUACAACCAAGAUCCUUAUUUACGUCGCCAUCGCAAUGUUUGCUCAGGUGUUCCUCACUGUCCUCAUGUGGGUGAUCUCCCGCAAAUACCAUAGCUCAUGGGGUAUUCCUGGCACCGGAGUCCAUGGUACCCCGGCAGAGGUACUCGCAGCACAGGGCACAGGAUGGGAAUGGUGGCCCGGUGUGGUCUCGCAAUUCUUCUGGUCUUGGAUCGUUGCCCCCAUCGUCCUCUGGCAGUCUCGCAACAUCCACGAUACCCACGGCUGGAGAGUCCAGACCAUUGGCUGCGCUGUUUCCAACCUCCACGCUACCCCGAUGUGGCUCGUCGGCCUCUACGCCCCCGCCAUGGCCCCGGUCAACGCGGUCUUCGUUCCUCCUCAGUGGAUCUGUCUAUCCAUCAUGUUCAUCGAAAUAUUCACAGUAUUCCUCCCCUGCUGGGAAGUAAUGCGCCACCGAUCCCUCCGACAAGAAACCCUCGACUCGAUCGCGCGCUGGGAAUUGAAAGUCAAAUCCGCCAGCUCCGAAGAAAAGUCCCUCCACUCCGACAUGACAAUGGUAGCAUCGAUGAUGUCAGGCUGGAAAUCGAACAGCUCGACGAGCACAUUCAACUCCCGCGACAGCAUCCUGACAAUGGGCGCACUCGAGCACGUCCUCGAGCGCAAUCCAGCUCCACUACAAGAGUUCUCCGCUCUGCGCGAAUUCUCCGGCGAGAAUAUCGUCUUCCUGACUAGCGUUGCGGAAUGGCGCAACCACCUACCCCAAUGCAUCAAGGACGGCAGCGCGCUCCAAGAAAAGAGCAAGCGCGAUAUCGUCCGCCAACACUUCAACCGUGCGCUGCAUCUCUAUGCGGAGUUUAUCAGCGUCCGCCAUGCCGAGUUUCCCGUCAACAUCUCGCACCAGGAGCUGCGGAAACUAGAAGACGUUUUCGAGAAACCGACGCGCCUUGUGUACGGCGAGGAGCGCGACUGUGAUCCCACCAGCCCCUUUGAUAAAUUCACUUUCGAUCUGCCGUCGCCGGCUUCUGUGGACUCUGGGAAGACUAUGCAAGCUGAGAUGGACGGACCGAUCAAAGACCGCGUGCAGUACUGGGGUGAGAUCCCUGCGGACUUUAACGCUUCGAUCUUUGAUGAUGCAGAGGCCAGUAUUAAGUACCUUGUGCUUACGAACACCUGGCCUAAGUUUAUUAAGGACCGCAGGAUCUCGGCUGAUUCGAUCUCGGCUGUCAAGCUCGGAAUUGAGGUUUAG